CGCACGGCACUUCACGAGUAGAAAACACAAUAAGAGCUCGCCACAAAGGACAGUAAAUCUGCAAAACACUUACAGUAGUAACGUGGAGGUGGCAGAGCGAGAGCAGCGUGCACCACGGCCUGCUAAAUUAAUUAUUACACAACAAAUAAAUCAAAAAACUGCCAGCGACAGUUUCCAAUCGUCAGCGUGCGGCCGAAAAUAGCUUGUAAACAAAGCGAUCGCUAGGAAUAGGAAUAGGAAAAAGAAGCUCUCUCAACGCCAUUGACCCACAAAUUAGUCGUGGUCAUUGCCAAGCGAUAAAACAUUGCAGCCACUUCCCACCGCCACAUCCCAAUAAGGCGCACGUGCAUCCACAUCCCCAUCCACAAUGGCCAGCAGACAGAUGACCAAUGACCAUCUGCGCCUCUCCUGGCACGACACCCAGAUGAUGGCCACCCUUAGCCCGCAGACCGUCAUGGACUACUUCUGCCGCAAGUCGAAUCCCUUCUACGAUCACAUGUGCAACAACGAGACUGUUCGGAUGCAGCGACUUGGUCCGGAGCACCUGCAUAACAUGAUCGGCCUGGAAUACAUCCUGCUGCAUGUGGCGGAACCUAUUCUUUAUGUGAUCCGCAAGCAACACCGACAUAAUCCCUCGGAGGCCACGCCGAUAGCCGACUACUACAUCAUCGGAGGCACCGUCUACAAGGCGCCUGAUCUUGCCAACGUCAUCAAUGCCCGCAUACUCAACACCGUGGUGAACCUGCAAUCCGCUUUCGAGGAGGCUAGCAGCUACGCCCGGUACCAUCCAAACAAGGGUUACACGUGGGACUUUUCUUCCAACAAAGUUUUGUCAGAUAAGUCCAAGUCAGAUAAGAAGGACUCCAACUCAGCGAAGGAUGAGAAUAGCGGCACGCUGUUCCAGAAGCAGCGUGUGGACAUGUUGCUGGCAGAGCUUUUGCGUAAAUUUCCCCCACCCAUACCGCCCAUGCUGCAGAAUCUCCAGCAGCCCCCACCCGCAGGCGAUGAACUGAACGCACCUGGUAAUGCCUCCGAAAUGAACAAUGCCACGGGACCUCUGGAUAUCAAAACCGAGGGUGUGGACAUGAAGCCACCGCCCGAAAAGAAGAGCAAGUGAUUAUGUAAACGUGCAUUUAAACUGGGAGAGAUUAAAGUACAUUUAACUUAGA